AUGAUAUUCGGCAAAAACCCAUUCCGAAAAUCAAACAACGCGGGAGAAAAGUUGAAUCCCCAGAAUAUGAACACUCCUGUUUCUGACACUGGCAAAAGAGGCAGAGCCUUGGGUUCUAGCGGCAAUUUCCCAAGUGCCACGAAACAAACCAGCAAACCAGAGACUAGGCUUCCAACACGCCGGGCUCAUUUUGACGAAAACUUUACUCCCUCUUUUCAAGUGGAACCAAAUGGCUCAAGAAAAAAGGAAGAGACAGGUGCCGAGUAUGAGCGUGCCAUCCAAGCUAUGAUCGAAAAGGCUAUUGCUGAAGAAUCUUCUGGUCAACGAUAUCCCUUAUACGAAGGUUUAGAAGACUAUACCCUAUUAUCGAAAACCGGAGACGGUGCGUUUAGUAAUGUGUACAAAGCAAUUAAUAACACCACCGGUGAAAAAGUGGCUAUUAAGGCUGUUCAACGCGCUCAACCCGUUGAUCCCAUUAACCCAGGCCGUCGUCAAGGUUGCGAGUCUCACAAUAUUUUAAAAGAGAUUCAAUUGAUGCGUCGAGUUCAACACCCAAACAUAAUUCAGCUUCUGGAUUUUAUCCAGACUCCUGAAAACUUUUUUCUUGUCCUUGAAUUAGCCGAGGGCGGCGAAUUGUUUCAUCAAAUUGUACGUUUUACGUACUUUUCAGAAGAGUUAGCUCGUCAUGUAAUUUUACAGACUGCACAUGCUAUUCGUUAUCUCCAUGAAGACUGUGGUAUCGUGCAUCGCGAUAUCAAACCAGAAAAUUUGCUCUUUGACCCGAUUGAUUUUAUUCCAUCAAAAAUAAGAAAAUAUCGUGCUGGCGAUGAUCCGGACAAGGCUGAUGAGGGCGAGUUUCGCCCCGGAGUUGGCGGCGGAACAAUUGGUCGAAUCCGUUUAGCGGAUUUUGGGCUCAGUAAAGUUAUUUGGGAUUCUCACACUCAGACUCCCUGUGGUACAAUGGGAUAUACUGCUCCUGAAAUCGUACGCGAUGGAAGGUAUUCCAAAAGUGUUGAUAUGUGGGCCUUAGGUUGUGUUUUAUACACCGUCCUUUGUGGGUUUCCUCCUUUUUAUGACGAAAGCAUUUCUUCUCUUACUAAUAAGGUUGCCCAUGGUCAAUACACCUUCUUGUCUCCAUGGUGGGAUGAUAUUUCAAAGGGCGCCAAGGACUUGGUGAGUCAUUUGUUGACAGUAGAUCCAGAUUCCCGCUACGACAUUCAUCAGCUGUUAGCACAUCCUUGGAUAACACAAUCCGAGGAGCCUACAUUCCCUGCCAGUGAUGCUCCUCCUAUGAAAAGUGAAAGUCCAUUUUCUUAUGACGUUGCCACAUUUGCUGACGAUGAAAUACCUUCUGCUCGCACGCCAGGUGUUAAUUCCUUACGUGAGAUAUUUAAUAUCUCGUAUGCCGCUCACCGAAUGGAGCAAGAAAGAUUGCGAAAGCGUCUUUACCGUGGUAAUCAAGGAAUGGCAAACUUUUACGGAAACAUGAAUGAUCUGAUAGAGGAAGAGGGCGAAUAUGACCCCGCUACUUCCAACGUUGAGCAUGCCCUAAAACGAAUCAAUAUAGCAAAUUCUCCAAAUUCACGGUCACCCAAUACAGCAUCUCCUCAGCAAAAACCGAAAAAACAACAUGAUAGUGGGUUUAAAGGAUUUCAAUUAAACCUUUCCAAUGCUACCCUGUACAAUCGGAGGCACAAACCAGGAGCUUCCACCGGUGAUUUUUGA